CGCGAAGUUGGCCCCGUGGAAACUUGAUCUGGCUUGCUUGAUCUUGCGUGCACGCGGAACGAUCACUGGGUCUAGCCCGGAUGACGUAUGACGUGCGACGUUCACACACCAGGCACGAUCCCUGUCACCACAUCGCCAACCGCUUGCGUGGGCCAUGAUCCUGAGCUGGUGAUCGCAGAUGAGAUCACUGGGGGAUGACGAGCUGGAAUGAGGGUCCUGUUGGGGUGGAGGUAUAUAUUGCUGCGGCCUGCGAAUUCACAUGGCUUGAUUUCUAUUGACACUACUAAAUUCUCCUCAUCUUAUGACCGUUUUCGCACCAGUACAGAUUAGAUCUCUGCAGAAGUAAAAGACGUCAGGAUGGCAAACAACAACCAGAACAGCGAGAGCAAGACCUACAAGCAGCAAGCCGGCGAAUUCUACAAUCGCCAGUAUGACAACUGGGUCCCCUGGAUCGAGGACAAAUACCUGCAGUGGUUCACCAAGGACAACAAGGCUUCAUAUACCACAAAGCAGAACCUUGACAAAACCAAAGUAACAGGCGUAUCCCAAGUCGACAACUUGCAAGACGGCGUCAACGGCCUCGUCUCGGGCCAAGUAGGCCAAGGCGGCCUCGCGCAACCCAUUGGCGACGCGCUGUCCAAGGAGGGCAUCAACCGCGCUGAGCGCAGUGGCAAGGACGAGAAUGGGAAUCCCAUUGAGAGCCAAGGACCGCUGGGUGGAUAUGGUCAGGGUGCGGUAGAUGGUGUGAAGGGUGGCGCUGGGGCGGUGGGAAGCGGUGCACAGAGCGUGGGGAGCGGUGUUGCGGGGGGCGCGAAGAGUGCUGGGGGAUACAUUGGUGGGCUUUGGGGUGGGAAGAAGGGGGAUGAGCCGAAGAAGUAGAUUGAUGGGAGCGGGGAAGGGGUUGGAGGGAGGUGCUGGGUGAGGAUAUAUGAUACCACAAUACGAUUCUGUUAGUUCUUUC